AGAGAAUGAGCAGCAUAGACCUUGGCGAAGGAUUGGCUUCUUGUCCUGAAUAAUACACCGUCUGCUGUCGACAUCAUCAUGCUGCGGCGCAUCUCUCAGCGACUGAUCUCUGAGCCGCAGCCAUCGCCGGCAGUGCUGCGUGAGUGCGCUGAUCAGCUGGUCAGGGCCCUCCCGAGUGAGAACCACAAGCAGGUCGACUUCUACUGGUCCGUGUCGAUGUUCUGCAACAAGUUCGCCGGCUAUGCAUUCACAGAUCCGCCUUUCUGGCAGCAGCUGGGGGACGUACUCAUCGGCGUACUCACACAGACGCAGCAGCAGCAGCGGCAGCAGCAUCAUAAGCAGCAGGAGGCCUCAGGCUCCUCAUCGGCGGUGGAGAUCCGAUGGCUGGCGCUUAUUCUCAACUCGUACGCCAGGGUGGACUUCCGGCACGAGAGGCUGAUGGAGGUGGCGGCCAGUGUGUUGCUCCAACGCACCGCCCCAUCCUUCGAAGGCACCGACGUAUCUCAGCUUUGCAAUGCCUUCGCCCGUCUGUCGCCGCCCCUCACGUCGCCCCAUGCACCCAAGUACCUGAGGCAGCUCUGCGACGGCCUGGCUGUGGCCGCCAUGCGGCACGUGGCGGAGCUAUCUGCUCAGGGCAUUGCCAACAUCGUCAACGCCUACGCGCGGCUGGAGGCCUUCCACCAUGACCUCUUUGUAGCUCUCGAGACGGCCGCCAUGGACAAGCUCGACUCGUUCGGGCCGCAGGAGAUGGCCAACGCGCUCAACGGCUACGCCAAGUUUGCCGACAGCCGGCCGGAGGUCAAAUCGCCCCGACUCUUCGACGCCUUCGGUGACCGCAUCGCCGCCCGUCUGCGGGAGUUCAAGCCGCCGGAGCUUGUGAUGGUAGUCAAUGCGUACGCCAAAGUGGGCUUCCACCGACGGCGGCUGUUCGACCGACUCGACGAGCGGCUGCCAGAGGUGGUCGGCCAUCUCAACGGCCGUGAGCUGUCCAUUCUUGCUAACGGAUACGCUCGCUUCUGGCGGAGAUGCGACGCCCUGUUCGACCAGAUCAGCGUGCGGCUGCUCUCUGCUGACCACUCACAACAGGCCGAUAUCCUGCGGCCGUCUGUGUGCUCUGGCAUGAAUCUGGCGCUGCUGCUGCACUCGUACGGUCGGCUGGCGGUUCGGCAUCAAGGGGUGAUAUCUGUGCUGGUGACGCACAUCGACCGCCGGCUGUACGAGCUUGACAGCCGCAACCUGGCGCACGUGCUGGUGUCCCUGGCCAAGCUCGAUUGGCGCUGCCCGGAGGCCAUGAAGAGCCGACUUGUCGCGGCGGUAGAGGGGCAACUGGGCGUGUGCAAGAAGUCCCACCACCAUCAGCCCCAGCAGCACCAGCAGCGUCAGGGUCACGAAGGGAUGGUCGACUUGGGGAUGGUGAGCGUCACCCAUGCGUUGUUGCACCCCUACUACUAUGACCCGGGGCUGGUGGCUGUGCUGCUCGAGGAGCUGCACCGCAGACGAGCCAUGAGCGCCUCAUUUGUCCACCAGGUGAGUGAGUAUGUUGUGUGUCACACGCACGUAUGAGUUUUGUCAGCCGCCCGUCCCAUACGUAUGUGCUACGCGUGUGUGUGUGCGGGGGGCAGAUGUACGUGUGUCUGUCCCUGGUCACCCACUCUCCCCCGAGCACAACCCCCGCUGCGUCGACUCUCUCGGCAUUGACCAGCCUUCUCGACCGCGUGGAGGCCGCCCACCAGAGGAAUCCCGAUUGUUUCGCCCUGCGACCCUCCUCGCUCCAGGAUGCCGUGCAAGAGGCCAUCCCGAGGUGGUGUGGUGGCUUCGUGCAGGAGGGCAUCGCCGGGCCAUAUGUGCUGGAUUUGGUGGGUCCUCCGCUGAGUUUACUGGAGAGGGGCCUUGUCGAGCAUUGCAGCACAGCAGAGGGGGACGGUGUGACAGGGUGGGAACAGAAGCGAGGGACGGAGAGGGGAGGAGGGGAGCUGCCACAGUGGGCGGCGGCGGAAGAGGGCCAAGCUGUCAUGUGAUGUGUGUACGUGUAUAUGUAUGUAUGCGUGGGUGCGGAGAGCGUAGAGCGCAGAGACAGACAGACAGACAGGGGACUGAGGGAGGGAGGGAGG